CGGGGGCGGGCCCGGGAGCCGCAAGGCCGGCGCCGGAAGAAGGGUUCGGUUCCGGGCCGUGCGGUGUCAUGGAGUCACUGUGGCGGCUUAAGCGGUUCGACGCUUUUCCUAAGACCCUAGAAGAUUUUCGAGUCAAGACGUGCGGAGGAGCGCUGGUGACGGCUGUUAGCGGGCUCAUCAUGGUGCUGCUUUUCUUUUCGGAGCUGCAGUACUACCUCACCAAGGAGGUACAUCCAGAAUUGUAUGUUGACAAAUCAAGGGGAGAUAAAUUGAAGAUCAAUCUAGAUGUUAUUUUUCCACAUAUGCCUUGUGCUUAUCUGAGCAUUGAUGCAAUGGAUGUAGCAGGAGAGCAGCAGCUGGAUGUAGAGCACAAUCUGUUUAAACAGCGUUUGGAUGAAGCUGGCAAUCGUGUAACUCCAGAGGCUGAGAGACAUGAGCUGGGAAAAGAAGAAGAAAAAGUGUUUGAUCCAAAUUCUUUGGACGCUGAUCGAUGUGAGAGCUGUUAUGGGGCAGAGUCAGAGGACAUUCGGUGUUGUAAUACUUGUGACGAUGUCAGAGAAGCUUACAGGCGGCGAGGCUGGGCCUUCAAGAACCCAGAUAGCAUAGAGCAGUGCAAGAGGGAAGGGUUUAGCCAGAAAAUGCAAGAGCAGAAGAAUGAGGGCUGCCAAGUGUAUGGUUUCCUAGAGGUCAACAAGGUAGCUGGAAAUUUCCACUUUGCACCAGGAAAAAGUUUUCAACAGUCUCAUGUACAUGUUCAUGAUCUGCAGAGCUUCGGACUUGAUAAUAUCAAUAUGACGCACUAUAUCAAACAUCUCUCAUUUGGAAGGGAUUAUCCAGGCAUUGUGAACCCUCUGGAUGGGACAGCCAUCACUGCACAGCAAGCUUCCAUGAUGUUUCAAUAUUUUGUCAAAGUGGUCCCCACUGUGUAUAGGAAAGUAGAUGGUGAAGUGGUAAGAACUAACCAGUUCUCAGUUACACGACAUGAGAAAAUAGCAAAUGGGCUACUGGGAGACCAGGGUCUGCCUGGUGUCUUUGUGCUCUAUGAGCUUUCACCCAUGAUGGUGAAGUUGACAGAGAAACACAGGUCCUUUACUCACUUUCUCACUGGAGUUUGUGCCAUUGUUGGAGGCAUAUUUACAGUUGCAGGUUUCAUUGACUCCUUGAUCUAUCACUCAGCACGUGCCAUCCAGAAGAAAAUUGAACUUGGGAAGACAACAUAAGCAAUAAGCUUAACAUAAUAAGCAAUGGCAUUGACUAAUUAAAAAAAAUAAAUAAAUAAAAACAAAGGGGGAGGGAAAAAACCCCAACAACCAAAACAAAAAAAAACACCACACACAUAAAAAAACACCAUCCCUCCAAGGAGAGCUAAACAGGCGCUUUGAAACACAGGUGAUCUUCUGAGAGUGCACAGGAGGUUUGUAAGUUCCAGAUGGUCCUAACCACUCCUUUUUUACUGUUCCCUCAUUCUUUGGCCUUAGUCUGUGGAUGGAACAACUUGAACCCUGCUGCUAUAAAGAUCAGCUAUCAUAUCUGGGUCUGCAGACUCCUAGUGUCAAACUUCUUUUGUGUCAGUCCAUAUUCCUUCAGUUCUGUUCCCCUUCCCAACAGAGAUGCUGGAGAUACUGCAUUCUGUAUGCCUCUAGGAAUAAUGUACUUUAUUGUCAAGAGACCUGUAAUGGAUUGAAGUUGCUAUCAAAUAAGCUUUCUAGGAACACCAUCAGGAAUUUUAAAUUUUUCUUUAAAAUGUU